AUGAAGCAAACAAAAUGCAGCCGAACGGAAACGUGUGCAGACUCCUCUGCCGCUGCCGGUUCAAGUCCAGCACGCAGCGGCACGCAGUCGAGCUUGCACGCAGUCACUUCUCCAGGCGCCAAACGGGCGAGACGCUCCGCAAAGAGUGUCGACUUGAUUGAAACCAUAAGAGAAAGGAGUGCAAAUCAUGGUUACGCACCCACUAGAGCCAAAGAACUGCCAGGCGCCCUGGAUCUCAACGCGUCAAGCUCGCCGAAGUCAGUUGAGUUUGCGGCUUUUAGUGGAAGCGUUGAUUUUCUUCGCCAGCUUGAGGUUCUACAGGCGCAGUCGAAAUCGCAUAUACUUGUAAGCCUUACUCAAAGAGGUAACCCGCUCUUGAAACACUUUCGGGACGUUCCGUGGAAGUUUGGGGAGUUCCGUUUCGCAGACUUUCUUCUGGGUAGCUAUACCUGCGCCUUCUUCCUUUCAAUGAAGUUUCACCUUCUGCGACCGGACUAUAUAUACGAUAGAGUUCGGAAGCUUGGACGAAGAUCCUUCCGCUUGCGAAUACUUUUGCUUCUGAUGGACAGCGAGGGCGGCGUCUUCUUCGGUUCCGGAGCGAGUGAGGAUGGAAUCCCGGAGGGAUCGCCACUCGCCAAGCUAGAGAAAAUGUGCCUCAUUCAAGAGCUGACUCUAAUGGUGGCAUGGAAUCUGGACGAGGCAGCACGAAUACUCGAGAGCUACAAAGUCCAAGAAGGUAAGGCAUCGGACAGUUUACAAGGUCCGUUGCUGGGGCCCCGAGGCUCUGAGACGCGCAUCGAAGGCUCCGGUGACUCGGUACAGCGAGGAGAUCUGCUUUUCCAUCGGGCAGCAGCGUUCCUUACAAACUCUCGCGCGGUGAAUCGGGCGGAUGCCGCAAUUCUUCUGCGACAUUUUGGCAGCCUACGCAGGGUGCUUACGGCUAGCGCAGAAGAGCUCGCAUCUGUUCCUGGUAUUGGCCCGCUUAAAUCUGCAAGGCUGCACAAAACCUUUCACGAGCCUCUAGUGAAAGAUGCUAUUUAG